AUGAGGUUCAGCCUCCUCUCUUCCUGCCUGGCAUUCUCGGCCAGUCUCAUCGCUGCUGUCCCAACAUUCCCCAACGCACAGUCGACUCGAGAUGUCGAUUCUGAGUUUGACUAUGUUAUCGUGGGCAGCGGUGCGGGCGGCGGCCCACUCGCUUGUCGUCUCGCCAUGGCCGGCUACAAGACAUUGCUUCUUGAAGCUGGCGGCGAUGCCAACGGCAACGUGAACAUCUCGGUUCCCGGGUACCAAGCCGUCGUCACGGCCGAUCCCAAGCUCAGAUGGGAUAUUUUUGUCAACCACUACAAAGACCAAAACCGCGCCAAAAGAGAUCCCAAAUAUGUCUACGAGAUCGGUCCUUACGAGUAUCAUGUCGGUCCUAAUCCUCCUCCUGGAGCCAAGGACUUGGGCAUCUUGUAUCCUCGCGGCAGCAUGCUCGGAGGCUCCGUCACUCACAAUGCCCUCAUCUGGAUCAUUCCUCACAAGCAAGACUUUGAUACCAUCGCCACCAUCACUGGCGAUGACUCGUGGGCCGCAAGCAACAUGAACCAAUAUCUCAACAAGGUCUACCAAUGGCUUCCAAACAUGCCCACCGACCCGACCAUUUUGCUCAGAGAUCUCCCUCUGGCUCGGCAUCUCGUCGCUGGAGCUAACGCCGUGGGAAUCGACGUUCCUGUCCUUACGCCGCUGGCCAAGCUGUCCCAGCUCUUGCUCAUGAGCCCCAACAGCCGGGUCAACCCAGCAAGAGAUGCCACUGAGGGCUACUUCCAGGUGCCCCUCACCAUGAAGUUGGGUGAACGAUCCGCGGUCCGGGAGUUCAUCCUCAAGACCGUUGCAGACGGCCAUCCCCUCACCGUGCGGACAAACACCUUUGUCACCAAGAUCAAUUUCAACACCACCGGUUCCAAGCCCAGAGCUACGGGGGUGGAGUACAUGGAGGGCGAAUACCUCUACAAAGCCAGCCCCCUUCACCGCACCAAUUUCGGCAAGAGGGGGUCUGCCAAAGCCAAAAGAGAAGUCAUCGUUUCUGCCGGCACGUUCAACACCCCUCAGCUUCUGAAGCUAAGCGGUAUCGGCCCCGCCCCCGAGCUCCUACGGUUUGGCAUCCCCAUCAUCAAACACCUCCCGGGAGUAGGAACCAACAUGAUGGACCGCUACGAAAUCCCCGUCAACGUCGUUCACGAGGACGAUUUCUCUGUUCUUGACGGUUGCACGUUUGAUCUCAAGCCUCAUGAUUUGUACAUUGACCUCUCCAUCUUUGGCGGGCCGCUCAAUUUCCAGGGCUAUUUCCCCGGCUGGCACGACUUUUCCGUCCGUGAUCACAAGCACUUUUCCUGGUACAGCCUCAAAGCCCACACGCGAAACCGCGCCGGGACGGUGGAACUCAGAUCAGCCGACCCGUUGGAUCAGCCAGAGAUCAACUUUAACUACUUUGACACUGGCACCACCGCCGGCGGGGCUGAUCAGUUGGACUUGGGGGCCUUGAUCCAAGCAAUCAGGAAGUCAAGGGAGGCAUUGGCGGAUUACUACAAGUUUCCUAUUUUGGGGGGGACUAACUACACGGAGGAGAAGCCAGGGGCGCAUGUGCAGAGUGAUGAGGCUAUUGGGCAGUUUAUCAAGGAUGAGGCUUGGGGUCAUCACGCUGCUUGUUCUUGUCCCAUUGGGGAGGAGGGGAACCCGAUGGCGGUGCUGGAUUCGGAGUUCAGGGUUAGGGGGGUGGAUGGGUUGAGGGUGGUGGAUGCGAGUGUUUUUCCGGAUAUUCCGGGCAUUUUUAUUCAGAGUGCUAUUUUUAUGGUUAGUGAGAAGGCGGCGGAUGUGCUGAUUAGGGAGGCCAAGGCGGCGGAUGGGGAGUAG